AUGAGCAAUAGUGAGGAAGUUGUGCGGAAUUCGGUGAGUUUUUGGGGUUUGGGAGGUGGAAAAUGAGAAAAAAGGCCUAAUUUUGGCCUUAGAUUAGAUUUUCAGGCCUAGAAAUCCAAAAUCUUCUUCCAGAUUUCCUACAUCGAUACGCUGAAAGAGGAACGUGAACAAUUGACAACUUGGGCCGAUGGACUAACUCAUGUUUUUAGUUUGAUCGAUAAAGGUAGGCGAAAAAACUACAAUGCUCCGCCUUUACACCCAUCGAAUUUUGCAGAAAUCCAUCGUGUUUCGGGUCAAAAUCCUGCGCAAGAAACUUCAUCUGCCACGUCGCUUUCCGCAACUCUCGCAAUUCCCGUCGAAAAAUAUCCCAACUACAAUUUUGUGGGGCGGAUUUUGGGACCGCGCGGAACUACCGCAAAACAAUUGGAGCAGACGACCGGAUGCAAAAUUGUGGUUCACGGGCGGAAGGAUGCGGAACAACAGCAGCCGUUGAGCAUCGAAAUUUCGGUGGCGGCGAAUUUGCCGGGUGCCGCGCAGAAAUUGGAGAUUGGUGUGAAUGUCAUCAAGCAGUUGUUGGUGCCACCGGUGAGAUUUUUCGGGGUUUUGAAACGACAAUCCGCGUUUACGUAAACGCGUAGCAUCGUUGUUUCUUCUAUUCAGGCCGACGGACAAGACGAUCUAAAACGUCAACAAUUGCUAGCGCUGGCAAAUAUGAACGCAAAUUUUCGGCCGAAAAAUUCGACUGAAAAUGGAAACGGAGAUUAUUAA